AUGUCUGGCUGGCUCUCUGUCUUGUCUAUCUCUUUAUCAAUCUGGUUGGAUAUCUAUCUAUCUAUCUAUCUAUCUAUCUAUCAGAUUCUCUCUGUCUUGUCUGUCUAUCUCUUUAUCAAUCUGGUUGGAUAUCUAUCUAUCUAUCUAUCUAUCUAUCUAUCUAUCUAUCUAUCUAUCUAUCAGAUAGUGUGCAUCUCUGGCUGUCUGUCUUGUCUGUCUAUCUCUAUAUCAAACUGGUUGGCUGUUGAUCUAUCUAUCUAUCUAUCUAUCUAUCUAUCUGUCUUUAAUAUGUGUCUAUCUGAAUGCCUGAUUGGCUCUCUGUCUUGUCUGUCGUCUGUCUAUCUAUUUAUCAAUCUGGUUGGAUGUCUAUCUCUCUAUCUAUCUAUAUAUCUAUCUAUGUUUUCUUUCUAUCAUAAAAUCGACAUUUUGUUGAUCUCUUCUUUUCAUUUAGGGCUAAUCUCUUAUGCUGUCUUUUGUCUUUCUUUUCUGUCUAUUCUCUUGGUAGUAGGGCUAAUCUCUUAUGCUGUAUUUUGCCUUUCUUUUCUGUCUAUUCUCUUGGUAGUAGGGCUAAUCUCUUAUGCUGUCUUUUGCCUUCCUUUUCUGUCUAUUCUCUUGGUAGUAGGGCUAAUCUCUUAUGCUGUCUUUUGUCUUUCUUUUCUGUCUAUUCUCUUGGUAGUUAGGCUAAUCUCUUAUGCUGUCUUUUGCCUUUCUUUUCUGUCUAUUCUCUUGGUAGUAGGGCUAAUUUCUUACGCAUGCUGUCUUUUGCCUUUCUUUUCUGUCUAUUCUCUUGGUAGUAGGGCUAAUUUCUUACGCAUGCUGUCUUUUGCCUUUCUUUUCUGUCUAUUCUCUUGGUAG